AUGCGCCGCGUGGUCGAUGACAUCCCUCCUCGAUUGUGGGCCGUCGCCGUCAUUGGGUUCUGGGAGCGGUUUACUUUCUGGGGUCUCACUGCCCCAUGGCGUACGUCAAUGUCCUUACUCCCCGUGACGCAAACGCGUACUGAUGUGAAGGUUUUAGAAAACUUCAUGGAAAACAGCCGUUACAGCGACAGCGGCGCUCCAGGUGCUCUCGGCCUUGGGCAGGCUAUGGCUACGCGGAUAUACUGUGCCUUCUAUAUCCUCUACUAUGUCACUCCGCUGUUAUUUGCGAUUAUUUCCGACGUGCGUCUUGGGCGUUUCAAGACUCUAUGCUUGAGCGUUGUCUUAUAUGUGCUCGGUUGCGGCGUUCUCGUGGCCAGCUCUUCGGAGGGUUUACUCAACGCCGGGUUUGGGCUGGCUGGGUUUCUCAUUGCAAUGACUCUUGUCGCGCUGGGGGGCGGCGGAUUCAAGAUGCUCAUGGUUCCCUUCAUCGCCGAUCAAUACACUGCGCCACUGCAAAGAAUCAAAACUCUCCGGACUGGCGAGCGUGUCCUCACGGACCGGUCACUCACCGUCCAGUACAUUUACAACUUGUAUUAUUGGGUCGGUAAUGUAGGUUCAUUGUCAUGGUUCGCCACGACUACCCUUGAGAAGUAUUAUUCGUUCACUGUGGCUUAUUCUGUUACAUUCGGAUCCAUGGUCAUUGCAAUGGUCAUGUUGUUCAUGGGCUCCAAAUGGUAUGCACAAGCGCCUCACGAAGGCAACGUGUUACCGUCAGCAGUUCGGAUACUUGUUUGUGCCUCACGCAACGGUUUCAAAAUGUCACGGGCGUAUCCUGAAUAUCAGCUUGAAGAGCGUGGCAAGUCAGUUACCUGGGAUAACCAGCUCGUCGACGAGUUGUGUCGAGGUCUACGAGCCUGUCGAGUCCUGAUUGCAUUCGUAGUCUUCUAUGUCUGUUUUGAUCAGAUGCAGAACAACCUCAUCUCCCAGGCCAAUCAAAUGAAGACCAACGGCAUCCCCAACGACAUGAUGCCGGCCAUGAACCAAGUGGCUUGCAUCAUUCUCGGCCCCAUCAUCCAGUAUGGCUUGUACCCGUAUCUGAACCGCAGGAAGAUCCCAUUUCGGCCUAUUGCGCGUAUCACUGUCGGCUUCUUGUUCAUCGCCCUGUCGAUGCUGUACUCGAUGACAGUACAACAUCUCGUCUACUCAGCGCCGCCCUGCUACACACAUCCCGGGAAAUGCGACUUGCCGCCGCCGGAGAAGGGUCCAGCUUUGGGUAACAAUGUCAACGUCUGGAUCCAGGCCCCGGUAUACUUUCUCAUGGCCAUAGGCGAAAUUUUUGCCUACGUCACGGGGUUGGAGUAUGCGUAUGACCAUUCGCCCACAGCCAUGAAGGCAAUCGUUCAGGCCAUCAGCUUGCUGGUUGCCGGCGUGGGGUCAGCAGUUGCCAUGGCGCUGACUCCUGUGGCUCGGGAUCCCAACUUGACAAUCCUCUAUGGCUCACUUUUUGGGGCCAUGACGGUCACGGCGGCUACAUUCUGGUGGCGAUUUCGCAAGUACGACAGUCCGAGUCUUUGUGAGACAAGUGGCGGCGAACUCGCGGCAGAGACAGAAGGAACGCCAAAUGAGGGGACAAGUUCUGUGACUUUAGGAGGAAUAAAAAGGCACCACCGUGCUCCUGUUUGACUGAGCACUGCCUGUCAAAGGGCUGCAAGUCGAGAGCCGCAAGGAUACUAACAGCCCUUAGGAAGGGAAUUGUGGUUGGAAUCAUCAGUGGUUCACUAAACCAGCAACGCACAUACCAUACACUGAAAACGUACAAGAGGAG